GUAAGAGUACCGACGCUGUCGCGCCGACGAACGGAUGGACGAAGUCGCGCGCGCGUGCUAGAUCGUUUCCGACCUCUAAUUGGAUUCCGUCCGAGGCCUUAUAAAAUCACGAAGCGCGGUUGAGAGGAGGAAGAAACGACGGUGGAGACGGAGAAGGACAACGACGACGGAGACGCGAAAUCGCGAGUGCGACAGCGACGACGGCGACGAAUCUCCUUUUCCGUGCAUUCGCGAGAUCGCCGACCUACGACACGCGCUGCUGUGAAAGGCGGCCGUUUCAUAAGUGCUAGCACAUUCGUGGAAAGUAGAAGACGGGAGGACCGAGAAAGAGAUAGAAAGUGUGAGAAGAAGGGAGAGAAAUCGAGGAGGAUCGAGAGGAAUGAUGAACGAGGAACAAGCUCACGAUGCCAAACAGCAGAUCGCCACAAGUCCCGAGGAUACAGAGGACAUGCCUGCGGGCCAGCAGGGCCCGCAGGUGCCGCGACGGCGGGGCGGAAUCUCGGCGGAGCCGGUCUCCGAGGAAGACGCCACCAGCUACGUGAAGAAAGUCGUACCCAAAGAUUACAAAACGAUGGCUGCCCUGAGCAAGGCCAUCGCCAAGAACGUGCUGUUCGCGCAUCUGGACGAGAACGAACGUUCCGACAUAUUCGACGCGAUGUUUCCUGUGACCUUUCUGCCUGGCGAGGCGAUUAUUCGUCAAGGCGACGAGGGUGACAACUUCUACGUGAUCGACCAAGGAGAAGUGGAGAUAUUUGUCAACGGCGAGCUGGCGACGACGAUCGGCGAAGGUGGCAGCUUCGGUGAGCUCGCGUUAAUUUACGGAACUCCGCGUGCCGCGACGGUCAGAGCGAAGACCGAUGUGAAGCUCUGGGGCAUCGACAGGGACUCCUAUCGCAGAAUUCUUAUGGGCUCCACCAUAAGAAAGCGGAAAAUGUACGAAGAAUUUCUCUCCAGAGUCUCAAUAUUGGAAUCAUUGGAUAAAUGGGAAAGACUCACGGUGGCGGACGCUCUAGAACCUGUAGCAUUCGACGACGGAGAAACGAUAGUCCGACAGGGUGAACCGGGCGAAGACUUUUAUAUAAUCGUUGAAGGAACGGCGGUGGUCCUUCAACAACGCUCGGAAGGAGAUGAGCCCGCGGAAGUUGGCCGUUUAGGACCAUCCGACUACUUCGGGGAAAUAGCGCUAUUGUUGGACAGGCCCCGAGCAGCGACUGUGGUGGCAAGAGGUCCGUUGAAGUGCGUGAAACUGGAUCGGGCACGGUUCGAGCGGGUCUUAGGCCCGUGCGCCGAUAUCCUGAAACGCAACAUCACCCAGUAUAACAGCUUCGUGUCCCUCUCCGUUUAAACGGACUCUACCUCUCCUCCUCCCUCUCCGAUCCCGUCAUCGCGGUCAGCGCCUGCCGAUCAUCCCCCCAACUUCAUUUCCACCAGGAGCUACGUUAUUUCGCCGUACCAUAGUUAACACUUUUUUUAUUUUAUUAAUAUUUAAGUGAAUUAAUGUAUUACGUCAGCUAUCAAUCAGAUGUGUACACACAUACACACGGUAUCGUUAGAGACGCUGUUAAUAAUACUACGGUAAGGCUAUUUACGCACUGUGUAGCUCGCGACUCGACGCCGAUGCGCACGUAAAUUUAUAUUGACGUUGAUCUCUUCCGCGCGAUCUGUUCCUAUUCGUGUGAGAAUUGUCACGUGUACGAAAAUUUAUUAAUCGAGCGUGAACGUGUUCCGAAUUUCUCAAAGUGAAAAUUUCAUUUUUUAACUGAUUUGCAAUGGAAUCUCUUGGGCAGAUAAAGCCGCCAAACGCACACAUCAAAGCCUUAACGAACACUGGUAGUGCGUAAUUGGAUUGCCCGACUUGGAGAAUGAAUUUCUUGUCAGAAUAUGUCCCUUCUCGUUUGAGGACGCUGAGCGUUAACGAGUUAACCCGAUUAAUGGCACAUCGUGUCUCGAGUGUAUUAUAAAGAUCUUUGAGUAAAGCUGGUCAUGUAUCGACGUGAUUUGUAAUUGUUUCAAUAUAAAAUUGCAGUUCUGCGUCGAAGACGCAUAUGUUAUACAUAUAUAUAUAUAUAUAUAUGCAGGGUCGUGCAAAGAGUUUUUGGGGCCCCCUACCUGUUCAUAAAUUUCGUAUUAAAAAAGCUUUAAGGAGUUUAGAAAAUAUAAAAAAACAGUAUAAUUAAAAUUAUAUUUAUUUAUAAACGUGUACAUUAAAAAAAAAGUAGAAUUUAAUCAAAUUGUACAAAACAUAAACAGUUCUAUAAAAUGUAAAUAUAUACAACAUGUAUAAAUUUAUAAUUUAUAAAUAUAAAUGAAUAUCAUUUGCAUGUGCAAAUUAAAUUGGAUAGAGAUUAAUUGGGUAGAAACAAUAAAAAAUAGAUAUAUUUAAGUGAAACUUUGGGGCUCCUUAGCACUGGGGGCCCUGGUGCGGUGCAUGCUGUGCACCCCCUCCCCCCUUUCUUUGCACGGCCCUGUAUAUAUGUAUAACAGUAAACAAGAAAACAUUACUUUCAAUGUCGAUCGAAUAUUUAAGGCUUUUGGCUCGUCGCUGCAGCCGCAUAUUACUAUGUCAGAAGCGAGAAUUCUUCCAUGUGAUUUAUACUUGCAGUAUGUAUUGAAAUAAAUUGAUCUUUACACCACUGCCUAUAUUUUACAAAAUAGGUUUAUAAAAUACGUAGAUCGUUUUGGUUCAUAAAUAGAUCAGGCUACGGAUCUUGAUCAAGUGAGAUUCAUCUGCACUUAGAAUAUUUAAGUGUAAAAUGUAUGAACCAACAUACCACCAUUCAUGAAUGCGGAAAAACCAACAAGAAAGUCUUUGAUUUAUUUUUUUAUGAUCUAUCGAAUGGAGAUAAUGGAUAAUGGAACAUGAAUGAAGAUAAUCUGUGCAAUUUUUCGCUUCUGACAUCAUAAGAGCCUUAGUUUUCGAAUAAUUUAACGUCACGGAUACGGAUUUAUUCGCUUCAUCUAAUAAUGCAAGUAUAACGUUUUUUGUUUUGAUUACUACUUGUGCGUCUUCGUGGAUUGUUAAAUUAUUUAUAACAUUUAACUUAUUUUAUCGACCAAUAGCGAAUCGAUGUAUAAUUAGCAAUGACAGUGCAAAUGUCGCGGUUUGUAAUUGCAGAAUAUGGAGAAUCUGUCAAACGAGAUAAUUACUAAGCAAAGCAUCGUCGAGGCAAAAUCGAAGCAAAACGAGUCGCAAUCUAUGUCUCCUCUAAAAGUGCGCUAGGUUUAUAGAGUACGACGCGACAAAAAAUGAGGUACAACGUCAGAAAAUUAAAUAAUUUAUUAUGCA